UUUUUCUUUUCAGCUGAACGAAAAAUAUCUCUCCAUAUAUAACAAUCUUAUGAGAAAAAAAAAAUAGAAAACUAAAAGAAGAAAAGAAACACCGUGAUAAAUCAAUAAUGAUAGCCAGUGGGGUUCCAAUUUACGAACUAUCAGUCCCAAAAAGUUGUAAUUUUUAUGAAAAAUUCAGUUCAAGCAAAUCAAACCCAAGGUUGUGGCCGAAAUGGAGUGAAAUAAGAUGUUGUAGAAACCAAAAGAUUGGAGGAAAAUCAAAAUCAAAAUCAAAGAAAAACUACUAUGAGUUACUUGGAAUCCCUUUCGAUUCUAAUAUGCAGCAAAUUAAAGAAGCUUAUAGAAAGCUGCAAAAGAAGUAUCAUCCUGAUAUUGCAGGCCAAGAGGGACAUGAAUACACUCUAAUGCUGAAUGAAGCCUAUAAAGUACUGAUAAAAGAUGAUCAAAGGAAGGAAUAUGAUGCUUCCAUUGGUUCAAUGAAAGCAAAAUUUGGAAGCAAUGUAUCUGGUUUUAGCUCUUGGAAAGGGCCCUUAAGACCCCAAGCUUUAUUUGUUGAUGCAAACAAUUGCAUAGGUUGCAGGGAAUGUGUCCACCAUGCAAGCAACACAUUCGAAAUGGAUGAGGCUCUCGGAUGUGCUCGAGUUAAGGUUCAAUAUGGAGACGAUGAUCGUAAAAUCGAUGUUUCAGUUGAUUCAUGCCCAGUGAACUGCAUACAUUGGGUGGACAGUGAAGAACUGGCAGUGCUUGAGUUCUUGAUACAACCUCAGCUAAAGGAAGGGUAUGGAGUAUUUGGUGGAGGUUGGGAAAGGCCCUUAAAUGUAUUUAUGGUUGCUAAGGCUUUCACCAAGCAGUUAAAACAACAAGCUGAGGCUGCUCAAGGACAACACAAAAAUGGGAGAGUGAGAUCAGUUGAAGAAGAAGAGACCCCUGCUCAAGCUGAGGCUCGAGCCAAUGCUACCAUGAAAUUGAACAUGGAAAGAUUCAACAAAAUUUGGGGUAAAUUUAAACAAUUUUUUAUAAUCUAAUAUAGGGAUUUGAAUGACGGUGUAAAUUGCCUAUAUGGAUAUGUUAAAAUCUAAUGUCAACAUAUGAUUAUUCUCUCUUUCAAUCCAUAAUAAACUUAUUUAAAAA